AUGUUUCAGGUCUCGGUCGCCUUUCUUGUGCUGGCCUGGAUCGCUGUGAGCUUGCGUGUAUACGUUCGAGCUUCGGUACUGAGAUCGUUCCACUGGGACGACUGGCUGAUUCUUCUUACAUUAUGCGUCUUCACGGCUUGCUGUUCAUGUCUUAUUGCCAUCGAGAACAUCGAAAGAAGCGGUGCUGCACGCACAGCGUUGGCUAACGGGCUCGAAGCUCAAGUCGGGCUGAUCGACAAAAUCUUUGGUCUCAUCAUGGGCUUCAUGUCUCUUUAUAUCCUUACGACAGUUGUCCUGAAGCUCGCUCUUGCUAUUUUCUUCCUUCGAAUUAUACCGGAAAACUUCUCGUGGCAGCGAAAAACCAUCUACAUCUCUACUGGAAUCUACACAACUUAUGGCAUAGUUUUCACUUUCAUUGUCGUCUUCCAGUGCGGAAACCCCGCCAAUUUCUUCAUCCAAGAAGUCAGGCAGGCCUGCAUGUCGGAUAACAUACUACAGCCUCUUUACUACGCUGCUGGUGGCAUGAAUGCCUUGACAGACUGGCUUUUCUCUCUCCUGCCUGUGACAGUAAUCUGGAGUGCAGCCAUUCCUCGAUCUAUGAAAAUAUCGGCAGGAUGUCUUCUCGGCCUCGGCUCUCUUGCAAGUAUCGCCUCCUUGAUCCGACUAGCAUAUAUUCCUGGCAUUGAAGCAUCGCCGACUUUCCUUGAACAUUCGGUCAACAUAGCAAGUUGGUCGAUUGUUGAACCAGGACUCGGCAUCAUUGCAGCAUCUUUGGCGACUCUGCGCCCCUUGAUCAGA